AUGGAGGAGGUCUAUCACCCCUUGCCACUAAGCGGCAAAAAUUGGUAUCUGGAGCUCCAGAUGCUUCGCUGUUUGCUGAUUGCGAAAAUGGUGGUAUCUCAACAUCGCCGAGUGAGACGUCGAGAGCCACGGGUACUCGAACACGUGGAGGUGAUCCGCUUAUCUCGAUUUGGCCUGGAAGGUCGAUGCCGUGGUUGCGCUCGGGGCAUACGUUCGGCCCCCAUUCAAGUUCGCCCCCUGUCGGAGUUAAAAUUGACCGCACUCCCGGAAGCCGACCAGACCGACGGUACUGCGUCCAGCGAAUCUACGAUCUCUGAAGCUUGGAACGCUUCUUCUCCAGCUCGCUCCUUCUCCACCACUCGGUCGCUUUUGAGUACGAGGACACUUUCACCGGGAGCCGUCUCCAUGCACAAAUUCGAGGAACUUCCAGCCACCCCACCACAAGCUGUGUCCAUAAAAGAGGAGAACAACGAGUACGCGGGUUCGGAAGGAUACGAUUCGGCCGCCGUUACCGUCAUCUGUACUCCGUCCAAAUCGGUUGCGGUCAGUCCUGAAAGCACCCCUCGUCUUGCCCCGGCCUUAGCUGCUAGCUCUCCUGGUUUUGAUCUCCUUGGGAACACAUCUCAUUAUUCCGCUCGAGACGAGUGGCAGCCUGAGAAAUGGCCUCUCCUGGGCAUCAACGGAGGGGAGGGCUGCGGGCGCGAGGAUCGUUGCCUCGCUGAUACUUGUCUCAAUGCGCAGUCAAGUCGCUUCUGCAACGCCGGUAAUUGCCCCUUCAUGGGGGAGUGUGACAACUCGCGUCGUGAGAGUUCUGUCCUGGAUAUCUGUCGCAAUGCUCGAACCGGCAUGCGAGGCUACUUCGGUGCCCCCUGCAGGAGCGGACCAGCUAACGAAGGGUAUCGUCUACGCAUGAAGACAAAGACUACCGGUAACAAACAUGUCGGCAUCGACGUUCUCCACGCCGGCAGCAAAGAGAUCCAUGAGAUAAUCGAGGAGAAGGCCGGAUCUAACGAGAAUCUCGAUGGUCCUGACGGCGGAGAGGAUGAUGACGAGCUGCUUCGGCACGUUGAAAGAGUUGCAAGAGAUAGGAACGGCCAGCAAAGACCCAAUGGCGGUAUCGAGGAACGCGUCUCCGUUGAAGGAGACACAGACGACAUGACCAUGGGUGAAGCAGCUUCGGAUUCUGACACGACCGGCCGCGAGCGGCUCCGCGAAACCCGAGAACUUAACGUAGAACCACAGAAUGAAGAUUCGACUCUCAUUAGCGAGCAAACGGACGAGUCAUCCGACCGUUUGCCCAAUGCUGACGCAACCACCAGUCUCGGGACCAUCGCCACCGGCCAAGGCAAUAUACCAGCCGAGUUCAACCAAGACAUCGACGGCUGGGAGUCGUACAUGGGAGAAGAGAAAACCGAGAAAGAUAGUCAACCUGAUCUACUCCGUGCCGUCCAGAUAGAGGCAAGAUAUCGCCCCGCGUGUGCGAAGCGUAAUAACAGCCGCGUCGUUCGCCAAAUUUGCCUCUACUCAAACGGUUCUCUAGAUGCAUCUUCUGGAAGAGAUCGAGUGGGUUCGCUAUCCGCAGAUAGCGAAACGCGGCGACCAGAAACACCUACGCAACGCAAGUCCUUUAAACGUGACCCCAGAAAUGCAGUGCACGACGUCAACGAAACCAGCAAACACAGGGGUCUGUCUCCUGCUUCCAAUAGGCUGGGUGGCCCGGAUCUCCGGAUAACUUCAUGA